AAUAUCUUAUUGUUUUUCCCAGGGUUAUUGUCUGAAGAUGAUGUUACAUCUGUGCUAGCUUAGACAACCAUUACAACAAGAAGAGGAAGCAGAACAUUCUAGAUUAUCUAUUAUGACAACAUUCAGUGGGUGGAUAUUGUCAGUACUUCAUCAUUUAUGUGAUCUCUGAAAGACUUUAUAAGCCUUAGUGCCUUACUUUUACUUUUAAUAUGAGCUCUACAAAGCUGAUACAUUCUAAUGAACAUUUUACAUAAAUUCCUGUGAUACUGUUGCAUUUGUUAUCAGAACUAAAAAGUUGAAAAAUACAGAAAUUGCAACUUGCAGAUAAAUCAAGGUAAAAUAUCAUCAUCCUCGUAUUUUUUGUGUAUAAGUUUUUUUUUUAUCAGAUAAAAUAUAAAGACCAGUAGCCAAGUUAAAGAAGUUCUUGCAAUAAUUUUAUUUUUAUUAUUUGCUUAUGAAUCAGAAAUAUAAAAAUGGUAUCACAGAGCAAUAUUUAUUCCUGAAAUGUAUGGAUCAAGCAGUCAAAAUGAGGAUUAUGAAAGAAAAUUAUAUACUUGCUUGAUGUGAUUUUAUUCUCAAUAUGCCUUUUAUGAGUAAUGAUACUGCACUUAUAAUGGAAACAGAGUAAUCAGAAACUUAGGAGAAGAAUACAACCCCAGCUAGGAAAUAAUUAUCACUUGAGCAUACUAAGAAAGUCAUCACAUUAAAAUAGAAAAAUUGAAUAUCUCUAGUAAGAUAUAUAAUUAAACAUGUCAUUUAGUGUGAAAAUGGAUGAAAUGAGAGCCCUGCAGAGGCAAGAUGAAGCAACACUCCCAAUAUUACAAAAUAGACCACUAUUAGAUUCGGCUGAUAAUAGAGGAAGUGUAGUAUCACUUCCACAUAUAUCUCAGAGAUCAGAGUUAAAGCCAGUGGAAGAAAAUCUGAUUCCAUUAUUUAACAGCAAAUCACAAAAUGUAGAAAAAGGAUCAAUAUCCCCAACAGAUAAGGGAAAUUGUGAAAUAUUUCCUCUUAUUCAAGAAGACCGUCAUCCUUUAUCUCGCUUAAAAGAUGUUGAGCAAAAUACUGUUUCCAAAAAUCUGAGGCAAGAAACUGCACCAUCAUUUCUCUCAAAAAAUGUGAAAACACUGGACAACUCUGUUAAUGAUGUUCCAGUCGUUUCCUGGAGGCUCAAAUGUACUCCAGGUUUACUAGAAAUCUUGCAGAGUCACAUGCAGUGGUUCAGGACAUUAAUAUCAGUGUAUUGCAAAACACGAGGAGCAAAUUUUGUUGAAGCAACAACAUUUGCUGAUUAUGUUCACUUGGUGAAACUUGAGGCCGGUGUUGCUAAAAUUUUUAGUAAACAUAAAAAUAAAUCUGAAUCAAUUUUUACUACAGAAUAUCUUUAUUCACAAAGUGCUUCUUAUGGCAUCCAUACCCUUAAUGUUUGUCACUUAAGGGACUUGCUUACACAAAGUCCCCUCUUUGUGUAUUCUGCUGCCACAGGAUUAUGGAAGAAACAUUAUCUUAAUAAUGAUCCUAACAUACUUAACGAAGAGUUUCAUUGGCGAGGAAUAUUAUGCAUGAGACACGUGUGGACUGCCUCAAUCAUGUCCCAGUCCACAAACAGUGUCCAAAUUGCAAGCUUAGAAGCUGUUGUUGGCAAGUCAGUUAUGACUGAUCAUCAGAUAUUCCAACAAAUUUGUUAUGCUUUGCAUAUGCCUCGUUGUGAAGAGAUAAUGGAGUCCAUGAAGAGUCUACUGGUAUUAUCAUCAUCAUUUACCAUUUUUGAAAAAGGAAGAGAUACUGCAGUUAAGAAUAAUACUACACUUGCAGACACAGUUAUUGCAAAUUCAUCAUCUUCACUGAAUUCUUCCAAGUUAAUUUAUUUGCAAAAGGAGGGAAAUGAAAAACAAGAGCCCUGUAUGCAAAUGUUACCAAAGACAAUAAAGUCUGAAGAUUGCCAGACAAUGCAGCCAUCAUGUCCUGGGACAGAAGUAUCACAAGACUUAACACCAACCUUCCAGGUUACACCAUUAGCAACCUCACAAAGAGUGGUUGUUGAGCAAAACAGUGAAUUGGCAUCACAUCCACAGACUGAAGAUACACAUCAGCAGAAACAUAAGCCAAUGCAAGUGGAGCAGCUAGGUGGCUCUCGCAAAACUGUGGAGAAGAAUAAUGCACCUAUUACUAAAAAAAAGAAGUCAUGCAUUACUAAGAAAACAUGUAAACAGCAGAACAUGUCAGAUCAUCUCUCCAAGAUUCUUAGUGCACCUCAGGAGCAGUACUUAGCACCUCUUCUCCAAGGCUGGGUACGUGAAGUGGUACGACGUGCCAUUGCCGAGAAGAAAAGAUGUGAUGUUUAUUAUCAUCCACCCAAAGGUCGGAAGCUUCGAUCUCGUGUAGAGAUUGUAAAGUAUUUGACAGAGGAAAAUGUGACUGGCCUGACUAUAGACAACUUUACUUUUUACCCAUUUUGCCUUGGAUUUAGAGAGCCAUAUGAAGUCAUCAGGAGUGCUAAAUUGUGUCAUGCAUUUAAAACAAAGAAGAAAGUUGAAGAAGAAAGAAAAAUUCUCAAGAAAACAAUUGAAUGUGUUACAGCUGCUAUGGCACCUCUGCAGGUGCCAGAGAAAAAGUGUAGCACCAAUAAUGACAAACACAACUUAAAAGAAAAUGAUGGAUUUGAAGUUAUUAACGAGGCAGGAGAAACCACUGGAUAUGAAGAUUGGAUACAGUUGUCUUCAGUUACACAGCUUGGUGCAGCAAAAUUUAAUACUAGAGAAAAAAAUGACUCUAAGAAACAGAAGAAAGUUGAAGAAGAAAGAAAAAUUCUCAAGAAAACAAUUGAAUGUGUUACAGCUGCUAUGGCACCUCUGCAGGUGCCAGAGAAAAAGUGUAGCACCAAUAAUGACAAACACAACUUAAAAGAAAAUGAUGGAUUUGAAGUUAUUAACGAGGCAGGAGAAACCACUGGAUAUGAAGAUUGGAUACAGUUGUCUUCAGUUACACAGCUUGGUGCAGCAAAAUUUAAUACUAGAGAAAAAAAUGACUCUAAGAAACAGGUCCAUUCUUGUAAGUCCAGUAAUAAGUAUCAAGAUCUGAAUAAAGUAAAAAACAUUCUAGUUCAUGGAGCAAGCAGUAAUACUACAUUAGAUGGUAAAAAUAAGAAUAAUUUGAUGGAAUAUGAAAGUAACUCUGAGAUGUUUCUGUUAUCAACAAAUAAAAACUCAGUGUGCAACGAUCUCACACUUGCAAGACAAAAUAAGCCAGUGUUGGGUGUUAGUUCUGUCUUAGACAAAAUUAACAGUAGUGAUGAUAAACUGGAAAUGGGUAACAUAGAGAUUAAAAGUGAACCACAAAAAGCAAAAAACAAAGUGAAUUUUUUAACCAAAAAUGGUGAAAGUAAAUUCUGCACAAACCAAAAGAAAGCAGAGGCUAACACGCAGGGUUUAGAUUGUAAACUAAAAAAUGGAAAUAAGAGAAACUGCGACUCUGAUGAAGUCAGAUGCAAAAAGAAAAGCAAAAUAUAUAAUACAUCCAAUGAGAAAGCAGCAUGUAACUUGUUUGAUGCAACUCAGAAGUGUAAUAAUGACCACCAGCAGGGUAUUUCUCAAACAAAUACUGUAUAUAAUACUGAAGGAGAAAAAUUGGAUAUGGAAUUAAAUCACACUGAUAAAAGCUUGCUUGAUUAUUGUAAUAUGACAUUUAAAGAAAUUUAAGCAUAAAGACUGAGG